GAAAACUGGACUGAUUUGAAAAAGCAGAAAAGCAAAAUGAGUGAAGUAAAGAUUGCUAUGAUGGGUGGUGAAGGCACAGGAAAAUCUGCUCUUAUUGUGAGGUUUCUUACCAAGAGAUUCAUUGGAGAAUAUGCUUCUAAUUUUGAAUCUAUCUAUAACAAGCAUUUGUGUUUGGAAGGGAAACAACUGAAUCUGGUAAUCUAUGAUCCUUGUUCUCAAUCACAGAAGGCAAAAAUUUCCCUUACAAGUGAGCUUCACUGGGCAGAUGGGUUUGUUAUUGUGUACGACAUCAGUGACAGGUCCUCAUUUGCUUUUGCAAAGGCCCUGAUAUACAGAAUUCGGGAGCCACAAACUAGUCAUUGUAAAAGAGCCAUAGAACCAGCAGUGCUUUUGGUUGGCAACAAGCAAGACCUCUGUCAUGUGCGUGAGGUGGGCUGUGAAGAAGGACAGAAGCUGGCCCUGGAUAACCGGUGCCAGUUCUGUGAACUGUCUGCUGCAGAACAGUCUCUGGAGGUAGAAAUGAUGUUUAUCAAAAUCAUCAAGGACAUUCUGACAAACUUUAAAGUCAAAGAAAAGAGAAGACCCAGUGGUUCUAAAUCAGUGGCCAAACUGAUCAAUAAUGUAUUUGGAAAGAGAAGGAAAUCUGUGUAGUAGACGUAUAAUCUUAGGGGGUUUAUUGUUUCAAAGUGUUUCAGACAUUCACUUGGUAAUUAAAUUUAACCUUUGUAUGCAAUUUAAGAAAUUCUCUUGGAGGUAUGAAAUGAUAGAGCGUGAGCUACGGCUGUAAUUUCAAAUAUAUUGUUUGUCUUUUGUUGACUGUGUCUGGUUCACUCUGCUUGCCAUAUAAUCUUUCACUUAUUGUACUGAAAAGCACUUGCUGCAGUCCCUUGGUGGAUUGUUAUCCAGUGUGCCAAGUAAAUGCUGCUUAUGUAAGUUUAUUAAACAACUGUC